AAAAAAAUUCAACGUAUUUGCUCUAAUGCUUUUCUUUUAAGUCCGACAACUCCACUAAAAUGGCGUCUUUUGGUUAAAUCGCGGUGAAAUGUCAUUUCGGUUCCUGGUGACACAGAGGCUCCGCGUUUUCCCGCCGACCGCUCAGCCAGCAGGGGGCAGUGGGGAAAACAAACAGGUCGAACGGAGGAAAACUGGUCGCCGGCUGGAAGUGGAGUCUGUCCGCGUCGAAUGAGUCGCAGGCGGGAACUGAGUCAAAGUCGUCCACGGUGGCCGGUUCGGUGCUGCUGGGCCGUCUUUCGGAGUUUUCUCCCCCCCGAGUAUGUGGCCGUUUAUCGGUGGAGCGUGUAGUGAAUCUGCUGCGGGUUUGUGUGUUCUCCUCGACGUCGUUGACCGGGUGUGAAUCUGCGUUUGGCGACACCGUUUCACCGGAUUUUGGCGGCUGCGGGUGCAGUGACAGUCGAGUCGCGGGCAUGCACACGAGGCGCUUGGUGAAGCGGUCGAUCCUCGGCAGCCGCGUUUACGCCCCGAGUCCGACCGGGGACGGUGCCCCGGUGACAGGAGUGGUCCAAGCUGUCAAGCAGGAGAACAGGGACGUGGAGGUCCGGCGCAACGUCUACACGGUCCUCAUGCAGGACGGGAGCCUGAAGGAGUUCACCGAGGAGGAGAUAGCGGUGGCGGCGAAAGGACCGCUCAAGUCCAGCCUGAAGCUGAGCUCCAGUAAUGGAGCAGUAGAAGGCCAGAAGGAGAGCGGCUGCCUGAACCCAGAGGCAGCAGAGGAGCAGCGGCCGGUGGACGGCAAGCGUGUUAGCCGGGACCCCGAGACCCGAUCUGUGUCUUUGCUGGAGCAGAAACGCAAAGUCGUCUCCUCCAGUAUUGAUGUCCCACAUACCAGGCGUUCCGAGGAGGAAGCGGAUAUGGAUAAAGUGACAGCCGCCAUGGUUCUGACCAGCCUCUCCACAAGCCCUUUGGUCAGGAGUCCGCCUGUUAAAGUCAGCGAGGGUCUGAGUAAUUCAUGGAAGGACAAUGGCCCGGCCGUACCUUUCACACCAUCCAGCAACAGCUCUUCUGGGGGCUACUGGAGCUGGUCUGCCCCCAGUGACCAGUCCAAUCCCUCCACACCGUCUCCACCGCUCUCAGCAGACAGCUUCAAACCCUUCCGGGUACCCAGCCUGGGCGGUGUGGGCUCUGGCCCCACAGGACCCGAGGACCCCAGUCUGGAUGAUCAGGACGGCACCAGUCUGCUUUUCGAUGAGCCCAUUCCUCGCAAGCGCAAGAACUCCAUGAAGGUGAUGUUCAAGUGCCUCUGGAAGAACUGUGGCAAAGUGCUGAGCACCACUGCCGGCAUUCAGAGACACAUCCGCACCAUCCAUCUGGGGCGUAGCUGUGACUCGGACUGCAGCGACGGCGAGGAAGACUUCUACUACACAGAGAUCAAGCUCAACACGGACUCUGUGGCCGACGGCCUGAGCAGCCUUUCGCCAGCAUCGCCCUCCGUCCUGUCUCCUCCGCCUCCUCCCCCAUCUCCUCUACCGCCGCUCAGUCAGCCUCCAGACUCCCAUCGACCCCCGCCGCCCUCCAACGCCAAGGAGCCCCACGUUGGCGGCACCACGCCGCUCAGUCGCUCUGCGCCCAGCGCUCUCUACCUCAUCCACACAGAUCACGCCUACCAGGCCACAGCUCCGGUGUCCAUCCCCUCCAGCAGCAGUAACUCAGCCGACUCGGCCUCCACCAGCUUCACUCCCACCAACAGUUCCGGCUUCAGCAUCUCCUGGCAGUCCCCUCCGGUCACUUUCACGGGGAAAACGGUGUCUCCAAGUAAAAGCCAAGGAUUCGGGGAGCAGCGCUCCCAGACCAUUUCCGUGCUUUCAUCCCCUCCGAGAGCUGCCACCGCUCUCAGUCGAAAGGUUCGCGGCGAGGGGAAGAAGUGCCGCAAAGUGUACGGGAUGGAGAACCGCGACAUGUGGUGCACCGCCUGCCGCUGGAAAAAAGCCUGUCAGAGAUUCACCGACUGAUGGGGGCCUACAGCUGUCAUCCAGAGCUUUUGGGAGGAGGGGGGGGGGCAUCAUUUCUGCAUGCUUUUGAUUUUUGUCUGCCCCCCCCCCAGUACUCAUCCCCCUCUUAACUCCACUGAAGCGGUCCAGCCCUGGGUGCAAAUGAAGGAGAUCAAAACUCUGCAUCACCGUCCGUGAUCUCAAAUUCUGCCUCAAGCCCCACCCACCAUUCCCAGUCCAGGGAACCCCCCCCCCCCAGUGCAGCUAAACCGUGUAAAAAGAAGAGAUUAGAAAAUAGUUAUCAAGACUUCUGCUUUUUUUUUCCCUCUUUCUUUUUUUAACGUUUGGUCCAGUGAUGCAUCUUUCUAUGUUUUGUACAGAGAUUUUUAAAGAAACGUCUGGUCAAAGAAGGAGCCCGAAAAAAAUCAACAAGGCUAUGAGAUUUUGAGUGUUUCAUCAGAAGACUAAAAAGAAAAACAGACUUUUUUUUUUAUCUUAAAGGAGAAGUGGGACCUGUUUGAUGGAAGGGAGGUUGGUGCUUUUUUGUUCUUCCUUCAACCUUCCCUUUUAUACGUGUUUUUCCCACAUGGGGCCGUUUUAAAGUGAUCUUUUUGUCACCAACAUCACGCCGUCUCCUGCUUCCACGGCGACGCAGAGGAAACACACAGACGAGGAAGAAAAAAAGAAGGAGCUUGAGGUGGAUGUUUAAUGCAAAAAGACACCGUUUACAGUCAGGGGAAAGCAAACGGACACAUUUACACAACAUGACUCUUUUUGUUGGUUUUAUUGUGCAGAUCCUUGUGUCAGGGGUGUGAUUCUAAAGAAAAACCAGCAGCUGAAAAGUGUUUGAUGUUGCCAGAAGGAUCUCAGCAGCUUCUUUACUUAACUUUGCAACCAAAAAGAAAAAGAAAAAAAACUCCAUAAUUUAUUGUUAUCUUUAACUUUUAUUGGCUGUUGUUCAGGUGCUAGUUUGCUUUUUUGUUUUAUUAAUGUCACUUGGAAAAUCUGUCCUGACCAAAUUGUCAAAAGACCUUCCUGUUUGCACUGGAAGUCAGCUGCAUGCGACAGAAUCCUCCCCUCGUCUUCGUCAGAUCCCCUCCAAAAGGAAAAUCCUGUGAAGAAUUUGUUUACUCGCUGCCUCAAAGGUUUACCUGCUUACCAAAAGAGGGGAGGGUUUAAACCAAAAUGUUGCACUGCACGCUUAUAUUCCCUUAAGUUGAAAAAAAAAAACUAACAUCAUUUCUUUGUACGAUCAGGUCUACUGGACUUUAAAAAGCAACAGUAAAUCGACUCUUUUUAGUGUUUUCAGAGGUGUUUGGAGUGACAUUUAAGCAUUUGAUUGGGUCAAUCAUUGUUGGUUUUUAUUUUUACAUGUUUCUUAAAGAUUUGUCACCAAGUGUAAAACCUUUUUUUUUCUUUUUGUAAAAUAAGGCCAGCGAAUGGUCUUCAUCAUUUUACUUAUUUAUUUAUAUCUGAACGUGUUUCUUUGAGUCCCAGCUGUCAGAAAACAUGGUUGUUGCUAAGGUGGACAGUCAGCUGGAGGGGCGGAGCUUGGACUUCAUUACUUUUGGAGUCUUUAGCUGCCACUUUGUGAGGUUGUUGUUUUUGAGCAUGUUUUGGUUCUGUGGCUGGACUUUUCCAACACCAUCUUCUUCACACCGGUACGCUUUUUAUUUGGCAUUUUUCCAGCGUCUGAUGACUCAUACCGCUCGGUCUUCAUCUUCCACUUUGAGUGUCGGGCUGCUCCAGGGAAGGAUUCCCACUCCAAAUAUGGCUGCAGCCCUUAAGUGGGGUUGUUGUUUUGUCUGUACACUGACGUGUUUACAAGAGAUCUUUUGCAUUUCUUCAAAAACCAGUUUGCCCAUUUACAAUGUGAACUUAGCACGAGAAGACAAAUCUAUAUACAAAAUGUUCAAAUGCAAAGCAAAAAAAAGGAAAAAUGUUCUUUUUUUUCCAUAUAUUUUUUCACAUAUAAAUAUAGUUUAUUUGUUCUAUUUUCACAUUCUUCAGAGGAAGUCUUGUGGGAUGAAAGCUGUGGCACAAAAACCAGCUUUCUGCCUCUAAAGCUGGUCUGCAAGCCGUUUGUUUCACGUCUUGUGUGUGAUCGCACAGGUGUGAGUCACAACCGAGAAACCCUCUCCAGCCAAAUAUGCAAGCCAAUCCGUUCCCCAAGAAUCACUAGAGGUCGUUGACAAAAACCUGAAGCGUCUCCACCACAGGUUCUCACGAUGGACCCACACUUUGGCUUCACAGAUGCUUCCCUAUUGCUUUCCCAGCAUCCCUUGGUGCCGAUUCUUCCACUGCUGUUCGGAAACAUUUGCCAUCAGAAGGCAGUCCGGGUUCUGCCCAGCGGCAAAUCCCAGAGAUGACCACAUUUUAUCAGAACUUGUCUGCGCAGUUGUUUGAAGAUAACAGUUGACACCCUCCGCAGGGGGAGAAAGCACGCAGGUGCUCCACGCCCCCACAGCGUGCAGCUUCUCCCACAGGCGGUCUCUUCACGUCAACUCCAUUCUGUUGCACGCUUGUAAAAACGCCUCGCCUCACGCCUCUGGACACGAGAUAGCUGAAAGCGGGUUCUGCCAUUUAUCAUCGUAGAAUCUCUGGUUUUAGGAAAAUGCAACAAAAAAAAUGAGACAAACGUUUUCAUCUUUUGGUUUAAGGAUCUUUCUUAUCGGUCAGCUGUGAUCUCUCUAUCUGAAGAGAAAUCUCCUAAACGUGUUGCUUUUGAGUCCUCAGCUGUCAUUGGUCAGACUUAUAAAAGUGAUUAAGCAGAAAAGCUCAUUUGAACCUAACUAAAGAGAAAUCUCCCCUUAAGCUACGUUCAAAGGUGUUCAGAAACGGGUUAAACGCCGGUUCUUCAACGCACGCUUCACAUAUUCACACUGGAGAAUCAGGGAGGGACUUCUUCUUUUUGGCAAAGCGGUGCAAAUGUGGCUCCAGGCUUUUCCUUUCACAGCUCUAUUACAAUAUAUGAAGGACUUCAUGAUCAAUUCCCAAACGACUCCGUGAGUCAAAAAGGGAGGCCAUCCACACGUCACUGGCAAAUCCUCGUACCUGAUUGGUCAAACUUCAACUGCUUUAACGUUCACCGGGUGUUCGACGGUGGCGUGUUUUGUACGUAGAGCUCCCAAAAAACAGACUUAAAAGCAAAAGACCAACUCUCACAUUUACACAGACUUGUCAUUGAAAGCGGUUGCCUGAACGCAGGUUGCUGUCGAGGCCGACGUGAACGUAGCUUCAGAGAGCAGAGGAAAGGCAAUUUGUCGUGAUAAAAUGAAAGUCUUGUGCUCUCAAAAGCGGCACAUUGGUGGUCUGGAAGUGUCUGAAACAGUUGGGAUGUUUCCUUCUUAAACUUUUGCAAACCUUGGAAGGAUUGUGGACCUCUGAGGAUGGAUCCCGGAUCAUUUCUCUAGUUUUUGGGGUAAAUUAUUUCAUGACUUCACUCCCAAAUUGACCGCCUAAUGACGCCUAACACACCUGAAAGCAACACACACACACACACACACACACACCCCCUCUCAUAAAUUGAUCAUCCCACUCAUUCGUAUUGAUCUGAUCUGUCAGCUGAAGGAGAGCCCAGGAAGCGGCUCCUGUCGCCGCUCACGCAGCACAGCUAAAAGGAUUUGGAGACCCACCGUUGGCAGCCCCCGCCGCUGCUCAGAGAGUGACGGGAAUACUUAUGAGGGCCUUCCCUGAGGAGGGGCGCGGCCGCUGUGGCUUUUGUUCUCUUGUUUUUCACUCCGCCGCCGCCCGCUGAAGGGCAUGGCGCCGUCUUACAGGCCAAAUAAAACACGAUUCCACUUCUCACUUUAUGUACCUGGUCUUCUCAAACACCAGACGUGUAGAUGACAGGAAGCUCCUACUCAGUACUUUCUCAUGUAGGUCAAUAUACGCUACAAACUAUACAAAUGAAGCUACAGUACAGUAUAUCUAAGCUUAAGUAUUGGUGUGUAUCCGUACAUUUGUGUGAUAUUCAUAGAUUUAUACUCAGAAGUUGCUUCUUAUGUCAGAGUUUACUGUCAGACAGGUGGAGGGUCGCACCUUUUAGCCGGGAGCCUCGUCACCUUGGUGGCUCCAGUUAAACCAGCAACAGCAGAGGAUCACAAAGCGCUCACCUCUGUGUGCCUGCAGGUGGCGCUCUGUGGAAUCGGAAGUCAUAGCCAUACGUAACCAGAGCUCUUUUUUUUAAAGCUAAUUUUAAAGACAAAUACUUUAAAAUCUAAAUUUUAGGCAGGUUCAUAAAGCAAAAGGAGCUGGAGCCAGCACAGUUCACCCAGUAACCACUAGGUGGCUUCAUUAUGGUUCAGUUUUACCUCAGAAUUUUUUUUUAUCUUUUAGAUAAAAGGGGACAGAAAGGUCACAGUGAGGACCUUCUAAAAGGCCACUCCCCCUUUUGUUAGCAAGAUUUUUCCGGAGAUUGUUAGCAAUUCAGAUGUCAAAUUUAAAAUAAAUAAAGUUGACCGCCUUUGGUCUGUCAGGCUAAAAUAAAGCAGAGGUUCGGUGACAUCACGAUUUAGGUUGGCGCAACGUAACCAAUGUUCAGGCUCUGCUGAUGCUGGUUGCUAUAGCUACGAAGCUGAAUGAUGUUUUGCAGGCCCGUGUUGGGUGUCUGCGUUUCAUUCAUUCAGGAGUGAAAUGAGAGGAGGUGAUAUGGCUUCUCUCCCAACUCGACAUUAUUCCUGACACUGGUUCCUCGUGCGUUUCCAGGAUCGACUUCCCCUUCGUUUAGUUUGGAGGAAUUGAACGUGCCUUUGGCGAGCUCAGAGUUUCCCCCUCGUCCCGUGAGGGAACUCUGGAUGUGCUGCUGUUUUAUGCAGACGACGGUGGAAUGUUUCUGGUGCUGGCUGGUCGGAGUUCUCCUCUGCAGAUCUAGAGGUCUCAGAUUUGGGUCUGGAGGACGCGCGUCUUGUGAGUUGCUUUCGGGGGCCCCUUUGGCCUUUUCUUGGUUCCAAAAAAACAAACAAAAAAAAAGAUGUUACAAGAAGUUUCAGUGACUUUUCUACUCUUUGCUGUAACUUGUACACCUUUUUUUUUUUUUUUUAAAAAGAUGAAGCCGUGUAUCAACUGGGUGUUUUUGUCGACUGUGCCAGUUUUUGAAAACCUAACUUUUUUUUUUUUUUGCCUCCUCGUUUUCCCCAAAAACUUCUUUUCUCCCUUCUGUACAAGGGCUUGUAGAUAACUGUGUGUCGACAUGAAGAGGUGUUGUUUCGGUGCAAUCUAGAUCUGUUUGGAAAAUCACAGGAGACUUCUUCAGCCAACAGCGUGUGAAACAGUCGCUGAGAUGAUCCAUUUUUAGCACGGAGCUGCUGAGCGGUUUCCACAGGAACCAGAACACAAAAAGAAAAACGUAUUGGCUGCAAUAGUUGCUUCAAAACUUUUCAAUCAGGGGUCUUUUUUUGGGCUACAGCUCCUUCUGUUUCACUUAAAUAUGCAACAGAGAGCGGCGCCCCGCCCCCUCUCUCUAAACUGGAUCAUCUCAUUGGCUGUUCAGACUGAUUACAAAUAUGUCAAACCUCAAGAGCUCAAUGACUGUCGCACUGGAUUUUUACAGUAUACAAGUCUGGUCUUAAUGUAUUUUUAACGCUGCAUGUGCAUGCGGGGGGAAAACAAAAAAGCUAUAAAAAAAAGUGAUAGACUUUCUACAAAUGUGCUCUACUUGUGCCGUGGCGACCACAAAGCAGCCUUUGUCGACUCAGCAGUUUUUCUGUUUCACUGUUGAUGCUUUGGCGCCAGUUUGCCGAAAGCAGAGUGUGAGAAGUUAGCCGGAAAAAGAUCAAUAAGGGAAAAACAGGAAGCCUGGAGAGAGUUUUUGUAGCUUGUAAGAUUUUUGAGUCGGUAUACGAAAACUGUUUUUCAUAAAAAUAAAAUAAACAGUUUAUUUCUAGGUAUUUUUGACCAAUAAAUCUAUAGUUAUCAUAUAAAUCCCAAAUCUGGAAUGGAUUCAAAGUUAUGGCAGCCAUAAGGUUGAAAUGGCUGCUCUCCUCGCUCAUGUGGUCACCACCCGGGUUUUUUGUUUUUUUUUUUGUUUCUAAACCCUUCUGAAGCCUCAAACUGUAAAUGUUUGGUGUACUAAAACGUAGAUGCAACAUCUGCAGACACGCUCCGUGCGUUAGCCGGGCCCAUUUUGGGUGUCAGAAUGUCAAGCCUCAUCUGGGGAGGGGGGGGGUUGUGCUGAGGUGCUCAGGUUAUCAUUCCUCACGUUUUCAGCUCUGACUUUAAAGAAAACGUGCGGGGGUUUUUUUUCUUUUUUUUUUCUAGACACUGAGCCAUAAAAAAGUUGCUUCACUUUUAUGUCUGUCGGUAAAUCGUUUUGUUUAAACUACUGGCUUUUACCGCCUUUUACUUCCAUAUCUCCAACCGGCUGCAGAUCUGCUGUUUCCGGUUCUCCGUCCCAACCUGCAUCAUGCUUUCAGUGGAUCAAAUCCACUUGGGUUUUGUCGUCAGAGCAGUUUCACCAAACAUAUGUCCCUGCGGCUUCAGGCCUCGCGCUGUGAUGGUGUGGAAGCGGCUCCUCGGCGCCGCUAGUGUGCGUUUGCACAGAGAGCGUUCCCGGUGACCGCCUGAGGUGUGUCCCAUCUGCUCCUCCUGGCAUUCGCACCUCCUCCACGUUUGUGCUGGGAAAAGUGAAUGCAAAAAGGAAAGAAAUUUGUGGAAAAGAGACAUUCAUGCGGUCACAAACCUCAACAUUUACACUUGCUUUGCUGCUUUUGUCAUCGUGGUCUGGAGAGCAUUGCCCUCGAUCCAAAAAGAACAUUUUAACAGGAUUUUACAUUCAUGGUUUCAGGGAUUUAGGUUUGUUGCUUUCAAAAUGAUCCCAAAUUUGAAAAAAAGACAAAUUGAAUUAAAGGCCUCUGUAGUUUGAUUCUUUUUGGCAGGAUGCUCAGUUCCUCGUGUACAGGCUUUGCUUUUGACUUUAAAUCAGUUCUCUGUUAAUGUGGCGACUUAUGGGCUUACAGAAACAUAUUUAUGGGCAAUACAGGUAACCUGAGAGGGGGAGAGAUUCUUUAAGAUCUGGCAACGAGAAAACUGGAUUCUGCGUGUGUCCCCCCCCCCUUCCCCCCACAUCAGAACCAGUGGAAAUCCCUCGUUUGAUGUGGUCGCACGGUCUGCUUUUUACUCUGGGCUUCAUGAGUCCAACACCCAGAACCCAGAAAAACAAAAUACGCUAACUUAUCCUGUACGUUUACCAACUCCAGAUUUAAGCAAAACUGCAGGACAAGAAAAAAAAAAAGAGCUUUGCAGAUAUAAUGUAGCCUUCAGCUCGUAGCGACAUGCAGCAUUUGUGGAGAUGGCAGGAAAUGGAGAGCAGGAGCGUUUUUUUUUUUUUUUUAAGUUGUCAAAAUGCAGGGACAAAUAAAUGACUGCGGAAAAAGGCGGUGCCAUGGAAAAGUUAGCGUUCUGGUUUGAUUUUAAAGUCUCUUAGCAUGGUUAGCUUGGCCGCUAUAAGUCUGCUGACUAAUUAAACAAAACCACGUUUUAGUUCAAGCUUGAAACUGGGAGGAAGUAGAUGUGUCUGAAUACUUAGGAACCACAUUCCACUUUGACCUUUAUGCUACGUACUCCCUGGGCGUGUGACACGCGUUCAAGAGCGCGCUAAGCCGCCUCUCUUGAAUGCGCGUUCAGCGUACCGUGUUCACACCGGACGGUCACUACUCCAUAGAAACUGGAAGAAGCUUGUUGCCAAAAGAUGAAGCGGUGCAAAUCUCACUAAUCCUGUGCCGUAAACUAAAAAAAAGGACGCCAUCCGUACGUCACAACAAAAUCCAAGUCCCUGAUUGGUCAAAGGUUUGACCUGGUUUCACUUUCAACGCAGGUUCAAUGGAUGCACGUUUGGGGCGUAGAGCCCGAAAACAGACUUCAAAACUUGAAAGUCACUUAUGUACGCACGUUUGCUUGGACGUUUCAUUGGGAGUGGUCGUUUGAAGGUGUGUAACCGAGCCCGGUGUGGACGUAGCUUCAGAGGUUCUUUAGUGACCCUCUUUCCCACUCCCGCCUUAUCGCACGAGGCUUUCUUCGUUAUCGCCCAUUUCUUCCACCUCAGCAGGGAAUUCAGCUUCCCAAAGCGGGUUUUCUUAUCCCAAAUGAGUCUUUUGGGAUUUUUUUUUGCUGUUUGUUUUUGUUGGACCUCGCACAUCAAGCCAUGUUUGAACUGAAUGUUCUCUUUCUGCACAACAAUCUAUCAAACUAAACCUGCUUCUUAAAAUCAGACACAUAUAACUUGCAAUAUCUAUCUGUUCUUUGACGAUCUGUAUUCUCUAUUGCACCAGUGUUUUCUUCUGUUCUUUCUACAGUAUUUCAGAUGAAUUUUAUCAAUACAAGAGGAUUUUUCUCACACGAGAAGAGUCCCACUGACUGUUACCGGUUGAUUAUUUUCCUCUCUGAUCCGUGUGUAGAAACUACCAUUGUUCUCGUUGUAAACUGUGUUUACUAACUAUUUGCUUUCUGGUGCUGUUGUUGUUUGACUCGGUGUCUGGUUCAAACCUGCAGAGUGGUUUGUUUGUCCUACCAGAAGAUUAUGCAGCAUCUGGUAUUAACUGAAUAAAAGUUUUUUUGGCAGCUGUUUGUUAA